CGGAAGUGCAUCUGGGGCUGGAUGGUCACGAUCCUCUCGGCGGUGUGUUGCGCGCUUUACUGCGUGGAGACGUUCAGGGACAGAUGCGAUGCGACACGCUCUGCCACGUAUGUGGCUGCGCUUCCAGGCUUCAUUAAGGUUCUCGAGGCCUUCGUUGCCUGCAUCAUCCUCAUUUCCCUGAUCGGUUACGUGGGUAAACCAGCUCUGCUGUGGUGCAUCGUGGCCUACGCGGUUCCCUUGCCUCUAACCCUCCUGACCAUCAUCACCAACAUCUUGACCAAGUUAAAGAACUGUCUGCCCUUCAGCAUUGAUCGUUUCACAAUGAUUUUCCUGGUCAUAUCGGUUCUGCUUUACAUCUCUGCUGCCAUUCUCUGGCCCACCUACAGCUUCAGAGGAAACCCGCGGCCCAAAGACUGCCCGGGAAACAGCUGUAUAUGGAGCAUCCAGUUUGUUGUGACCAUCAUGACCUAUGUUAAUCUCAGCCUGUAUGUUGCUGACCUGGUCUUGACCUGCUUGGGUAUCUGUGGAUUCAAACGCUCUCAAUAG